CACGGCGAACAUACUCUUGGAUGGUUUUGACCUCCUUUGUGAGGAAACUGCAGAACAGAAGCGGCGUUUUCGUCCCGCUAAUGUUAGCGAAGUAGGCCGCGGGAGUCGAGUAUGUCCCCGGUAAUGUAACGGGGCGACAUUCCGUAAUUAAGCAGCCUGGCAAAAGGCCAAUUGGGAUAUCAUUGGAGCACCGAACCGGAUGCUAAGCUAAGGCCCAGCGUUUGUAUUUGACAAGGCGGAGACGAUGUGAGCCGCACGGAGCUCGCUGACCGAGCGGAACACUCGAGUUCGACCUUCCCCGACAGCGACGAACCCUCAGCACUUCACAGCCAUGUCGGUUUCUACGGUGCUGGCGAAGGCGCUCUUUGACAACACAGCUGAGAGCCCGGAGGAAUUGGCUUUCAGGAAGGGCGACAUCCUGAUGGUUUUGGAGCAGGAGCAGAGCGGCGGGCCCGGCUGGUGGCUGUGCUCCCUGCACGGCCGGCAGGGCAUCGCCCCGGCCAAUCGUCUGCGCCUCCUCCGGACCGCCCCGGCCCCCGGCCCGGACUCCGUCUACUUGUCCCCCGGCAGCGCGGACGACGCGGACGCCGUGUACCGCUGCCCGCCGGCCGCCGGCGAAAGCCGAGGGACCGGCGCCGCCUCCAGACCCGGCGAGCUCCGCAAGGCGGACGGCGGACGUCCGCGCUCGCACUCCAGUUCCGGAUCCCGACCCAGGCCUGACUGGGACAUGGGGGCGGGGGGUCGCCCACGCUCUCCUUCCCUAAGAGGACGGGGCGCAGACGUGACCGGAGCUCUUUAUCAGACCCCGGUGAGCCCGCUGCCCUCAUCUGCUCAGCACGCCAGGCAGCCAGGAGCUCAAACGGCCCCAGAGUCUGUGUACCUCUCCCCCGGCGGAGUCGCGAGGGGGGGCGACGACUCCGAGGACGCCACAUAUCUCGUCCCCCGGGAAACGCUAAGCGCAGAGCCCUCUGAUGACUGUUACUUGGUGCCGAAAGGGACACCACUUGCCGGUGAGGAUGUUUACCAAACCCCAACAGGAGGAGUUCUUGCCGCCUGCCCCAAUGGGCCCUCCUCCGUCAACGGAACCCACCAGGCUAAAGUGAGUCAGGAUAUGCCCGGGAUGUACCAAACGCCCUCUUCUAUGCCGGUAAGCCUUCAAAGGACUUCGUCGUCCCCUGCCCAAGCGGCCCCCGGACCCCUCCUCAAGGGCCCGUCGCCCACCACCGCUGUGGCCAGAGGCAAACCGGGUCUCGCCUGCCACCGGGGGUCCCCUUUGCUGGUUCGAGCGGGCCACCCCCGAGUUCCCGGAUCGCCAAAUUUUGCUCGAAAGCCCCCGCCCCCGGCGCCCCCGGUGAGGGGAGUCACGCGGAAAGACGGGCAGCGGCCAGUGCCUGUGUCGGGUGACUGCGGCGCGGCGGAGGUGGACAGACAAACGAGUCAGGACCUGGAGAAAAGCAACAACACGCACAACAGCAAAGGGCCAAAUCAAGAUUAUGCAGACCCCGUGGAUGAUCAGGUAUACGACACCCCACCCAGCGGCAGGUGGCAGCGUGCGGUGCCGACGGUGCUCAGCAGUGACGACGACGGCAUCUACGACACUCCUCGCACCGCGCCCCCGCACCUCCACACGGAGACCGAGGUGUACGACGUCCCGACCAUAACACUGAAUGGCUCGACUUCGGACGUCCCACCGAGCGCCGCCGUGCCUGCCGACGCGGACGACGUCUACAGCGUACCCACUCUUCCGGGCGUGCCUCCGGCUCCCGGGGAGACCGCCGCGAGCCUUUCCGGGGAGGACGCGAGCCAGAACGGUCAGGUCUGUUGCGUCCCGGCCUCCGAGAAGCGGGCCAGCGCCGGAGACCGGCAGCGGGACUCCCCGGACUGCGGGAUCUACGAUAUGCCGGCCCUGACCGCCGAAGUCCUCCCCCACUCAUCCUCGUCUUCCUCCACCUCCACUCGCCGUCUCUCCGUGUCCAGCAACGGCUCCGGGGAUGUGCAGUGGAGGUCCUCGCUCUCCGGCCUGGUCCACGCCGUGCUGAGCGCCGCUUCCUGCUCGCCCGCUGCUCUGUCUUCCCGUGAUCUGGCCACGUCGCUAGCUGAAAUCUUGUCCGCAUGGAAAGCCAGCCUCUCCGGCGACCCGCCGCCGCUGCCCCUUCAGCAGGCUUGGGCUCGCCUGUCGGACCUCCUCCCCGCGUUAUCUGCCGUGGGCAACGCUCCUCCGUCGGAAGGACUCCUGUCACUGGUCCGGCGCUCCCUGGAGGAAAGCGCCGUCCUCUUGCAGACUCAGGGUCGCCCUCGAUUGCCUUCCCAGGAGUCUUUGUCCCGCAGGCCGCUGCCCGCUCUCCCGGUGUCUGACGGGAAGUCGACGGGAGGCGGAAUGGGCUCCCGUAAGAGUAGCUGGAUUCAGGAACGGCCUUUGCCCCCGACUCCUCAGCCGGCCUUCCCCUUGCCUCCCACUUUGGCCACGGUGACGCUCACGGUGGGCCACGGCGACGAAGAUCCCGGCAACGAAUACGCCGGCAUCGGCUUGACUCCCGUCCCAGCCCCGGUCCCUAACGGUGACAGUGUUGGAUAUGUAAAGUUGCAGGGAAAACCGGAGAUUUCCCCGGCACAGAACGGACAAACGAUCACUUCAGAGCCGAGACUGACUCCGUCCCCUCCCCUGCCGGUGUCCCUCUCGCUGGAGGAUUCGGAGCUGCUGUCCUUCUACUCGUCACAGAGCCUGGCUCACCUCUCCUGCCUGGCCGACGCCAUCGACGUGCUCUUCGCCAGCGUGCAGGGCAACCAGCCGCCCCGCGUUUUCGUGGCGCGCGGGAAGAGCCUCAUCGUGACGGCGCACAAGCUGGUGUUCAUCGGCGACACGCUGUCCCGCCUCCUCACCUCCGUGGACCUGCGCGCCAAGAUCACAACUUCCGGGGGUCGCCUGUGCCAGGCCUUGAAGGCGGUCGUCGUGGCGACAAAGGGCGCGGCCCAAAACUACCCGUCGGUGUCGGCCUCCCAGGAGAUGGUGGACCGGGUCGCCGAGCUCUCCCAGCAGGCCGCCGGCUUUUCCGCUCUGCUCCAGCGCCUGGCCGAGAUCUCCUCGUGAUGUUUUCGGACGGGCAGCGUGACAAACCUUGUUGACACUACACACCUUGCCUUAUUUUGUUAUUACACUAUUUUGUUUUUUUGGUCCUGUCCUUCUCAGUUGUGUGGCUUGGUUUUGCCCUUUCCCCUCUUGUGCGUGUUAACUUAUUGAGGACCGGAAGCCACUCUGGAGUAUUUCAUUUUCUCCCGAGUUUAAAUGUCAGAGGCAGGGGAUUCGAGUCACUUCCCUUGACUCGAGUCGCCAGUUAUAGGACUCGGGACUUGGGAAACUUAGGAAAGACUCGACUUAGGCUUGAACUAAAUGACUUGACAAGUCUUGUCUGUUUACAUUUGAAAAUCUUCACUUUUAUGCUAGUGAGGAGUUUUGUGUUUUUAAAGAAAAGGGACAUUUUGUGUAGUGCGCGCAAACCUGACAGCCAACUAGUAUGCUAAAAUGUGGAGUGCGCACUCCAAAAACUGGGCUUAAAAAAAAAAUUUGAAAUGAGAAGUUAAAGCAAAAUGAUCUGCCAAUAGAACAGGAAAUUUCGACUUGUCGAGAUUUCUUAGUCAUAACCCCCACCGAUAUCUUAAAGCUGGUAUACAUCUGUGGAAUUGUGGUAUUGACUUAUGACCCAAGUUAUGAUCGGACUCAACUGGCUUGAAGUUUAGCAGUGACUCGAAUGGACUUUUUUCCACACUAAGUUGGUUAAGACAUACUUGACUUACACCUUCAGUAUCUCACAAAAGUCAGAACACCCCUCACAUUGUUGUAAAUCUAUCUUUUCAUGGGACAAAACUGAAGUGACACGUUGCUGCAAUGUAUAGUAGGCAGUGAACAGCUUGUAUAACUAAAUUUAUUGUGAUGUCCCCUCAACCACUGGCAACAAAAGUGAGUACACCCCUUAAUGAAACUCUCAAAUGUUGUCCCAUGAAAAGAUAAGAACCAAAAUGUGAGGUGUAUUCAUUUUUGUAAGAUUCCAUAUGUGACUUACUCCCACCUCUGCUAAGUAUAGCAGAGGAGGAGACAUUUCCAUUCUGGUUCUGGCCUACUUCUUGACUGCGAUACCUCCAAGGCAAUUUUGUUCUCACCACUCCCGCAGGCCUCCAUCCUUCCUCGGCCUGUGCUCGUGUUGAGUUUGUGCGAGACGUGAAGAUGACGCGCUGUGUAGUAAUCCAUCCCAACACACCUCGAGUGACAGUUCCCGCCUGGCGAGAAUUCCCGGAAUGUCAACAAGUCGGGGGGCCAAAUUGCCCCCGGGGCCGCUCCUCUUUCCCACGGUCUUGUGGCGUACAAAACCUGUGGACCGAGUUUCCCGAUCUCCACACGUCGCGACUUGCUUUUUGACAUUGGUGCGGCACUAAAUGGUGGAGUGCGCUCACGCUCCUCUGCGAGUCUUUGCUGGCGUUUCUGGCGUGUUCUACAAAUGUGGACCAUGGGCCGGCCGGCCCUUUGCUCGAGAUGCUCAUCCAGUGUUGCUUUGUCUCAGUGAAGAUCAUACGGCCACGCCGUCAUCGUCCUACCUCCCAUCCCACCUUUCAUACACACUUUUGUCCUUUGUCAAAUCAUUCCUACCUUCCAUUCUCCCUUCACACUAUCCCGCUUUCCUUCCUUCAGUCUCCCUUCUUUCUAUCCUUCCUUUCAUACUCCUGUUGUUCCUUCCUUCUCUUUCAUGCUAUUCUAAUACCUUCCAUCCUUCAUUUUCUUUUGUUGUCGUCAUCUUUUUUGUUUUUGACGUUGGUGUGGCACCGAAUGGCACCUUUGCCCAUGUUUCAUCUCUGUUCUCCGAAGCCGGUCCGUCAUUAAGCCCGUCGCCGAGGCUACUCAUCACCUGUUACUUUGUCUGGAUUAGGAUCAUAUGGACACACUACAAAUUAUUGACCUCAUCCUUCCAAGCAUGCUUUCGGGAACCCUCCUGUCCCAUUUUCUCUGCUGUAGUGUCACCUUGUGGAUAUUUGAAGUAUUAUUGGAAACUACACCUGUUACGUGUUUGAAGAGACGCAAGUAACCUUUAUAUUUAUUAUGAUCAUUUACAUGUUUUGUUUUUUCAUUCAUAACUUUACUAUGCUUGACUUUGUCAUGCACAUUCUUGUGUGAUUUGGUUCGGCGCUGUAUUGCAGUGGUUCUCAAAGUGGUCGCUGGGGGGUGGGGGCGCUUUUGAAAACCAGCUCUUUGUCAGUUCCCGGCCAGGUUGUUGGUGUCAGUAGUGCACGUCAGCUUGCGGCGAUGGUUCAGAUCCUUUCCAUUAGCAGGUCAUGAAUAUUUAGGUUGACAUGUUACGAAAGAUAAUUCGCAUAAUGCACAUUGUAGUUAUUUAAUUGGCCUUGGGAUUAAAAAAAAAAUCUCCCCUGGAAUGAAAAGGUUCUCCAACCCUGGUCUAUUGUCAAGAAAUUCCCAUCCCCCUUCUUUCUCGUGGAAAAAUGUCCCCGUUACUGUUUAUGUUGUACAAGGCAAGUUUUCUACACUCGUGAACUCAACCCUGUAUGCUGAGUUCUAGCAAUACAGAAACUACACCUCUUCACUUUUCAACACUGCUAUGUCUGCCCUGUAUUCCAGAAUAAACAUCUUUUUUGCAGUCAGUAAACAACAUGACUUCAUUGCUGUUACAGCACUGCACAAAGGUACCUGACUCA